AUGGCGGACGAUGAGCAAUUCUCCCUAUGUUGGAAUAAUUUCAAUUCCAACUUAUCAGCGGGAUUUCAUGAAUCCCUGCUGCGUGGUGAUUUGGUGGACGUGACGUUAGCUGCCGAAGGCCAAUUAGUCCAAGCACAUCGGCUCGUUUUAUCAGUAUGUUCUCCGUACUUUCGGACAAUGUUCAACCAAAUGCCUAAGAAUCAACAUGCUUUCGUUUUUCUGAAAGAUGUUACUCACGCGGCACUCCAGGAUCUCAUACAGUUUAUGUACUGUGGGGAGGUAAACGUGAAACAAGAUGCCCUACCCGCCUUUAUCAGUACCGCCGAGUCAUUGCAAAUAAAAGGAUUAACAGAAACGGGUGACAGCGCACCAUCACAACAGUCGCCCGCCAAAGAAGAAAUCUCGGCGGUCCCAGCGACGACAGCAAGUAUUUCCACCAUCGUUCCAACGGCUUCCCAGCGAACAAAGGGUCAGCGUACCCGCGUUCAAUCGUCGUACAAAAUUGAAUCGGAAGAGAGUGGCGAUGACAAAAUACACAUCCAAGCCAGCACAUCUCAUCAUGUGUCAGCGCAGCAGCUCCAAGCACAGACAAACAUUAGCUCACAAAAACGUACCAUGCCCCAGCGCAGUAUCACAAGCCAUACGAUCAAGCGUCAGAAGAUUUCUAUCAGUGCUAGUAGCGAUGGAAUGGACACUUCGGACACCGCUCCGUCCCAGACACAGACCGUACAGACAGUGCAAAUAGUGAAACAACUUCCUGCACAAGUGAUUGAACCGGAAUACAUUGAACUUCCCAUGGAAUCGAUUAAUCCGAAGGCAGAACCAGACUACACGGAUGAAGCGGCGGAAAUCGAGACGGUGGAUGCUGAAGCGGAACAGGAACACAAACUAUCGGAACAGGGCGACGCUGAUGAUGAUGGCAACUACGUUGAAGAUGAAACGUACGGAGAUAUGACGAUGGGCAAAUAUGAAGAAUCGUAUCUGACGGAAGCCGAAGAUGGAGCGAAACCCGGAGCAUCUGGAUUUGUGGAAACUUAUACGUCGGACGGAGGAACUGGCACGGAACAAUCGACACAAGUCACUCGAGAAAGACGAAUUAUCGCAGCAGUUGUGAAACCCGCGAAAGGUGAUUGUAGCGAUUCGGACGAAACCUUAGCCGUAUUUACCAAGACGAUGCGCGGUAAAGAGCAGCUGCUCUAUAUGGGCCAACCGUUUGUAUUCGAAAAGCUCGUCCUCACGCACUCGGGACAGUCGAAAAAGAUAUGGCGCUGCAAUCAAUGGUGGAAUCAGAAGUGCAGAGCGCGUGUAUACACCAUCGAUCGCCAGAUCACACCCCUGAACGGUUACCACACGCACGCCGAGAUUGUGAAACGAAAGCAACGCGUGGUGAGGCGCGACAAAACAGCCACCAGCAGCGAAACGGUGACUAGCAACGUUAAGAUGACGACCGCGGGUAAAAACACGGAAAACAAAAUUGCACACAAAACCUCGGCUGCUAAACAACCGACACAACCACAGACGGUUCAACAUACGCCCAAAUCCACACACCAGAGUGCUGCACUGAAAUCGUCGAGCACAUCGGUACCGCAACAAACCGAAAGUCGAAUCCUUUCCAGAAAACAAAUACCCCUGUACGAUGGCAUGAAGAAGAUUAUCGACAAGGUGCCACUACAUGCCGGAAGCUCUGUGUAUAUCGCGACAAAGGAUCUGCUGUCGAUUUACACCUCCAAACCGGCUGUUUAUACCGGGCGCCUAAUCGAGCUGAUGUAUGGCGUGGACACGUUAAAGCACAGUUGUGUCGAUCGCAAUGAACAAGCCGACACCGACCUUACUCCGCUCGAUCCGACGAUACUGGAUGCUGUGAUAACCCACAUUGUACACGUUUUCCAGCAGCAAAACCAACACAUUACCAACGGUAUGGUGAGAAAUUUUAUUCGCAACCGUUUGCAGCUUUUACGAACGAAUGUUACCGCUGGUAGUCAGUCGUCUAAACGGGAGUCGUCCAAACAAGCCGAAAAGAGAUUAACGAAGCGCAAAGGCACACAGCUGUUCUCCAUGAUCGACAAUAAGCAUGUGAUGUUUUCGGAGACGCCCACCGGCGGUAAACAGCUGACGUACAAAAACUACAUAUACCAUCGGAACAUUAAGAUUGCCGAUACGGUGUACUGGCGCUGCUCGAAAGCGAUUCGGAUGAAGUGUAAGGCCACGAUCGUGACCCAGGGCGAUAUGAUGCGGGUGAAAGAGAUCAAACACAAUCACGUUCCGAUGCGCCGUCUAACGUACGGGUUGGGUGUGAAUGAGAAGCGAAAGCUGAAGAAGCACACCAUCUUCAUAGCGAUUAGCCCGGAAAGGCAGUUGAUACGGUUGCGGGACAAAUUGUACCAGAAAACGAUUGGGCGCGCAUACCGGAGCGUGUGGAUGUGCAUUGAGUACGGGUGCCCGGGCGAGAUCGUAUUGCGCGAGCUCAAAGGCGGCCAGAUCAAAAUUACCAGCGCGCACAAUGACGAUUGCACGUCCGACUACUUUAAAAAUCGCCCACCGAACCAGAUACAUCUAAACGCGAAUGAGAUUACGCAGCUGGAGUUAAAUGCCAAACGGCCCAAAAAGAAGCCAUCCCGGAUUACGCAGUAUGAAUUAACGUACACCAGUAAGGGCGAUCCUUAUUUGAAGCAACUGAAACCCGACCCGCAGCUGAAACUCGAACAGCAGCCCAACAGUCAGACGAGCGUAAAGUCUCCAUCAAAAAAUACGGAAAAAGCUCACGAUCACGAUGCGUCGUUUGCGUUUCGCAAGCUCAACAUCCCGGUGACGGUGGACGGUGGUAAAAUUCAGUAUACCACCGGGCGCGGUAACAAUGUGCUGGUAUGCGACGGGCAUCGCUACAUCAAAAACAACUGCUACGGUGCUCGUUUGCCGUAUGAAGAUUCCCUUUGGCAUCCUUUGCGCAUUUCGCCACAACAGUCGCGAGCGCCGCAGUACAGCUACAAACCUUCGCAGCGCAAUGGUGGCCAUCUGCUGGUCGUAAAUGGGGUCACAUUUUUCCGCAACCGGCAACGAAACGGCAAACAGUACUGGAAAUGCAACCAAUACUACAAGUGCAAAUGUCCGUGCAUUGUCCUCAUCAACGAAGUGUCAUCCCAGCUGUGUGUGAAACAUUGCCACAAUCAUGACACAAGUUCCUUGCAAUCGGUGGCGCCAGCAGUGUCCGAUGCUGCUGAUGCUGCUGCUACCGUAAGACAGAGCCCACAUAUAGAGAUUUUUACCACCAAAUCAUUCCGCGGACGGCCGGCAAUCAUCGUGGACAAGCAAAAGUAUCUGCUGAUGUCGGAUAAAACCAAUCGUAUCAUAUGGCGCUGUUCUUCUAUGGCCACCGCUAAGCUAAAGUGUCCGGCCCGCAUCAUACAGUACAAGGAUACGGAUCAGUAUUCGUUUCCGGCCAAAGGCAUCCAUCAGCACGCACCAUUAAAGCGGUAUAGAACGACGAACUGUAACACGUCCUACGAUAUGAUGUUGAAUCACACCGUAAAGUACGAUUCGAACAGCUGGAUCGUGGUGGAAAAGUCCCUGCUGCAGUACACGACGACGCAACGCGGUCGGACAAUGCUGAUCUUCAGCGGCUAUAAGUUUGUGGAGAAUCGCCAGAGCAAGCGGAACAUUUUCUGGCGCUGUGCCCGUUACGUUAAGCAUGGUUGUAGGGCUGCCUGUGUUACGUCGAAAAACUGUACCGGAUCACCGACCAUCCGGCUGACCGGGUUGGCCCACAGCCAUCCGCCCGAGGACGUGAAGCAAACCCGAGUGGACGAUAAGCCUCCCAUGAUAGCGGACAUCGUCGGGCACUAG